AUGUACUUCGAUGGAAGUGCAUUUGGUAAUCCAGGUGAAGCAGACAUUGGAGGUGUUUUUAGAAGGAGAGAUGGCAACAUUAGUUGGGUUUUCAGUGGACCAAACGGGGUUGCUUCUUCAACAAAGGCUGAAAUCUUGGCAGCCCUAACCGGUAUCCGGUUAGCAAGAGACGGGUAUUCGAACUUCACCAUAAAAGGAGACUCUGCUAACGGUAUUAAUUGGUUAGCUGAACCUGACAGUGGCCCCUGGUCUUUAGCUCACUACUUGACUGAAGUGAGAGACAUCCCUUCUACUUUGAAUGUUCACUUAGGCUGGAUCUCUAGGGAGCUAAACACUGUAGUUGAUGGCCUAGCAAAGGCUGGUGUUCACAGGGAUUACCUGUUUAGUGAUAACUCUUUUCCUGAAGAUGUUGAGCAGCGAAAGAGGCAUUGA